AUGCAACAUUUUAUAUGUUCGAAACGACAUCAUGUCAUUUUAGGCAAACUUAUUACAUCUUUAUUUAAGUAUAAUUCAAGAAAACAUGGAAUAUUUAACACUAUGUCCACACAUAUUAACUUUAAUAAUAGUGGGAGUAGGUUAUGUUUUCCAUUAUUACAAGGAUUUUACGUAAAAAGACAUAAGGAAUUAAAUGGAAUACAACCCUUAUUUUCAAGAAAUGAGAUUUUUAGAAUUCAUUACUUUCCAAAGUUGUGUAAUACAAGAAGUUUUAGUUCAACUUCUACCACCUACCAAGAAUCUUCUAAUAGAUCUAAUAAGGAUGGUAAAAGACCUAAAGUGUUAGAAAUGUUGGUUCUAAAAGCAGUUAUAUCUAUGUUUUUCAUUUUCGCACUAAUUCAGACGGCUAACUUAUAUGCGCAAAUUAGCGUCGUAACUUGGGAUCAAUUUGUAAAUGAAAUACUUUUAAAAGGACAAGUUAAAUCAAUUGUGAUUAGUGAACGGAUGAUAAAAGUGAAUUUGAAAUCAGGUGCUACGUUUAAAGACAGGUGGCUAAAUCCAUACAUUCAUAUUUCCAACUCUCCUGAUUUUAUGGAAAUUGAGAAAAAAAUCAGGGCAAUAGAAAAAGAUAUGGGUAUUCGAAUGGAGGAUGGAGUACGCAUUGAUUAUAUUAAGAUGGACAGGAAUAUCCUUGCUACCAACCUUUUUUACUUAACGACAAUAGCUAUUAUAGCUUAUAUGUAUUUCCGCAACCCAAAGAAUAGAAAUGUGUUUAAUGCUUUUGGUGACAUAAGCAAAGCAAAAUUUACAUUAGUAAAUCCCUUUUCUGGUAAAGGUGUUCGUUUUAAAGAUGUGGCUGGAUUGCAGGAAGCCAAAGUAGAAGUUAUGGAAUUUGUUGAUUAUCUCAAAAACCCUGAACGAUACAAGAAGCUUGGAGCUAAGGUACCCAAAGGAGCUUUACUCUUGGGUCCACCAGGAUGUGGUAAAACACUUCUAGCUAAAGCUGUUGCAACUGAGUCAAAUGUCCCAUUUUUAUCAAUGAAUGGAUCUGAAUUCAUUGAAGUAGUAGGUGGAUUAGGUGCUGCACGUGUGAGGAAUUUAUUUGCAGAAGCUAGGAAAAGAGCUCCUAGCAUCAUUUAUAUAGAUGAAAUUGAUGCAAUAGGGAAAAAACGAUCAGAAUCAUUUGCUCAAACUGCUAAUAGCGAAUCUGAUCGAACAUUAAAUCAACUUUUAGUAGAAAUGGACGGAAUGACAACGGCACAAGAUAUUAUUAUUUUAGCUUCAACAAACAGGCCAGACGUUCUAGACAAAGCUUUACUAAGACGUGGUAGAUUUGACAGACAUAUUGUGAUCGAUCUUCCAACCUUAGAAGAGAGAAUACAAAUUUUUGAAUAUCAUCUUCACUCAUUGGCAUUGGAAGGUAAACCAAUGCAAUAUGCUACCUAUUUAGCCCAUCUAACUCCAGGUUUCAGUGGUGCAGAAAUAGCAAAUGUCUGUAACGAGGCUGCAUUACACGCAGCAAGUGAAGCAAAGGUUAAAGUCUAUAACGAUGAUCUUAUGUAUUCAAUUGAUAAAGUAUUAGGUGGCACAGUAAAAAAAUCUAGUACAUUAACACCAUCUGAAAAGAAGGUCGUUGUUUACCAUGAAGCAGGUCACGCAUUAGCAGCAUGGUUAUUGGAACAUGUAAAUCCUUUAAUUAAAGUAACAGUGGUACCAAGAACAAACAAACGUUUAGGUUUUGCUCAGUAUUCCGAUACAAAUCUAAAACUACAAAGUUCCGAACAUCUUUUUGAACGUAUGUGUGUGCUGUUAGGUGGCAGAGUUGCCGAAAAUAUAAUUUUUAACAAAAUUUCAAGUAGAGCACAAACUGAUUUAAAAAAGGUAACGGAAAUAGCGUAUCAUCAAGUUCAACAAUUUGGAAUGAGUCCUAGUAUAGGUUUAAUUUCUUUCGACAAAGAAUUAACAAGCACGAAAACCAAAAAACCGUAUAGCAAGAAAUUGGCAGGUUUAAUGGAUGCAGAGGUACGAAGAAUAAUCACAGAAGCAUAUAAAAGAACAGAAAAGUUAUUGUUAGAUAACAAAGAUAAAUUAAUAACAUUGGCCGAAACACUUUUGAAACAAGAAACAUUGACAUAUAAAGAUAUAGAAGCAUUAAUUGGACCUCCGCCAUUUGGAAAAAAGGAUCUUACAAAACUAGAGGAAUUCAAUGCAAACUUGGAAUAAAUAAAUACUGAUAACACGUAUGAUACUUUAAAUAAAGAUUU